CGGCGGGCACAAGACCUGGCAGCUGAGCUGCGGGCCGACAUGGCCCGGGCGGCGGUGGAGGCGGAGGCGAAGCUGCAAGCGGAGAAGCUGGCAGGAGCCGAGCGGGUCAAGGAGAUGACCCAGCAACGGAACGAGUGCAAGCGGGAGGUCUUGGAGUUGGAGUACAAGCUGCAUGAAGCUCAAAGACGGCUACGUGAGCUGCAAGCCUCCUCCGCCGCCGCCUCCUCAACGCCGCCACCAGCCGCAUCGCUUCACACACCCGUCCCUGCGCACCUAGCAUCUGGGCCGCUGCGCCAACAGCAGCACCAUCAGCAGGGGCAACAGCAGCAGCGGUUACCAACGGCGCCACAGCCUGCCAAUAACCGCCAGCCGCUCGGCAGCUCGCACCUGCCCCGGCAUAUGCAGCCGCAGAAGCAACAACAACAGCCGCAGCCGCAAAAGGUGGGCUCGUAUGCGGCAGCAGCGGGGGCCGAGGAGCAGGAGGAGGAGGAGGAAGAGGAGGAUAUGCUUGGAACCCUGGAAGCUCUUGCGGCAGAGUGCCAGGAGGGAGAGGGUGAAGACGAACUGGAAGAGGAGCGAGGUGGGGACAUGCAGGGGCGAGGGACGAUGGCAGUCGACGGUGACGGCGGCGGUGGCGGCCUUGACCUGCCGCCGGGUAAGCGCCGACGUCACGACGGCGACGGAGGUGAACCGGGGGGAGCUGACGGCGGCGACAGUCAGAUGUACGGCAGCAACGCUGAUGACGAGGAUUGCGUCAUGUACGACGAUGGGGAUCCGGUGCCGGUGCUGCCACGCGCCUUUACGGGUAUUUUCAGCCGACCCGGAGGGGCGAUGGCGGCGGCGCCGCCGACGGCGGCGGCGACAGG